CAAAAUAAAAUUUCAAAUAACUAUAAAAUUAGUUCAGCUGCACGACUUGGAAGGGGAAACCGUUUCCUGAGCUUUUCGUUUUGAACCCCCAGAGCUGCCUAUCCUCAACCAUGAUUCACUUUGUACUUCUAAUUAGUCGACAAGGGAAAGUUAGAUUGACGAAAUGGUAUUCUCCUUAUUCUCAGAAGGAAAGAACAAAGGUUAUCCGUGAGCUUAGUGGACUAAUUCUCACAAGAGGGCCCAAACUCUGUAAUUUUGUGGAAUGGAGAGGACUACGAGUCGUUUAUAAAAGAUAUGCUAGUCUUUACUUCUGCAUGUGCAUUGACGAGGAUGACAAUGAAUUAGAAAUUCUAGAAAUUAUUCAUCACUAUGUGGAGGUUCUUGAUCGAUACUUUGGCAGUGUUUGUGAAUUGGACUUGAUCUACAACUUUCAUAAGGCCUACUUUAUAUUGGAUGAACUCUUGAUUGCCGGUGAACUUCAAGAGCCGAGCAAGAGAACUGUUGCACGUUUAGUAGCUGCACAGGAUUCACUGGUGGAGACUGCAAAAGAGCAGACCAGUUCCAUUACCAAUAUAAUUGCACAGGCCGCGAAAUGACAUGCAUGAUGGACAAACUCUUGAAGGUUUAAAAAUAUUAUUGAUUGCCAACAUUAAGCAUGAGAAGAGUGGGUGUAAUGUAUACGGGAGCAAUGUAUUCUUCAGUUCCAACAAAUGAAUUUGACUGUGUAGAUGGUUCAGCAACAAAUGUAGGAGGAGGUUGAUUCCUGGAUCUCCUUCUCUUGUUAGGCAAGGGAUGCUUUAAAACCUGUACAUUUCAUUUUUCAAACUUUAAUCUCAUGCAAAACUAUAUCAUAUUUUUGUCAA